AUGUCCGCCCGGCGACCGGACGCAUCCGCCCGCCGCCUCGAGCCAACUAGGAAGCACCACGUCAGCCCCGCGCCGUCCCCGCCGUCGGCGGCCCGCGAGCCCAGGGCAGGCCCGCCCAGGCCCGCACGCGCCCGCACCCCGUGCCCGCGCCGAUCGCGCGCCGCCGCCCGCUCUCGCCCGCUCGCCGGCCUCCGUCACCGCUCACCGGCCCCGCCGCCGCUCCGCCCGCACCUCGCCGCGGCAGCCCCGCCACCGCGUCGCCCCGCCGCCCCGCAGUGCUCCACCGCGUCGCGCCUCUGCGCCUCGCCUGGACGCCGCCGCCCGCCGUCCUCCGCCCCGAUCUGGGCCGGCGCAGCCCAGAUCCGGCGACCGACGACCCCGUCGGACCUCCUCCGCCUGCCGCCGAUGCGCCGGCGACCCCUGGCCGCCGGGUCAACCUCGACCUCGACGCCGGGACACCGUCGUCCCAGAUCGCGUUAG